AUGAAUCGAUCAGAUAUUUUAUCACGAGAAGAAUUUCUUCUUUCAUUUCUUGAUUUACCUUCACGUAGAAAAAAGAUUAUUCAUUUAAGUGGUGGUCAACAACGUCGUGUAUCAUUAGCAUGUGCUUUGCUUCAACAACCACAAUUAUUACUACUUGAUGAACCAACUGUUGGUUUAGAUCCAUUACUUAGAAAAAAAAUUUGGGAUCAUCUUAUUCAUAUAUCAAAAACAAGUCGAACAACAAUAAUAAUAACGACUCAUUACAUUGAAGAAGCAAGACAAGCCAAUCGAGUUGGUCUUAUGCGAAGUGGUAGAAUGUUAGCUGAAGACGAACCAUCACUUUUGUUGAUUAAAUAUAAUCAAACGAGUUUAGAAAGUGUUUUUCUUUACUUAUGUGUUGAAGAUCAAAAAAAUGUUCUAAGAAAUUCAACGCAUAGUGUUGAUCAAGGUGGCCUUAUUAAUAGUACUGCUAAUGCUGCUGAAAAUGAGAAUGUACCUUCGCUUGAUGUAACAACUGGAGAAACUCCUCAUUCAGAUAUUCGUAGAAAAGAAUUAGUAAAAAAUCCUGUAUUACGCGCAAAACGAGCUGCAGUAGAUUGUUGUAUUUGUCCUCAUAUGCAUAAAAUUUAUGCUUUAAUGGUUAAAGAUUUAACAAUGAUCAAGAGAAAUAUUGGGUAA